AUGAAGCAGCUGAGAUGGUGGGGACAUUUGCAAACAAUGGGUGACAACAUACCGGUGAAACAAAUUUGGGAGAGUAAGGUGAUAGGAAAAAGGAGAAGGAGCAGGCCACAAAGAACUUGGGAGAUAUUGAUGAAAAGAGGAACGGAUUGGAGAGAAGCUAAGAAACUUGCAUUAAACAAAAAAUGUACAAAUAAUAGUAGGGAUAGAAGAGCCUUCAGGAAACCACUUACUGAGAAAGAAUUACGUUACCUAGCGGAGAACUGGUCUGAUUAUGAGGAUGAUGUCGAUUUUGAGAGUGAAAGCUGUUAUAUGCUCUUUGUGACAGUAAAACGUAUUACACUUGGAAAUUUGAAAUAUAUUGUGGAUUACAACAUACUCACUAUGAAUGUAGUUCUGCUGCUGCUGAGUCUUUAUCUUGCCAGAAUGGCACAUGUUAAUCCACCACCACCGAUUCAUAGAGACGCAACACUGCGCAAUUCAUCACUCACCAUAACAAAUGAACUAGUAAUGUCAGUUUCUCUAAGACAAUUACGAACUAAUCAUAAGAGACCUACACUGGACAGAAUGUUCGCUUCGACGUCACAAAGAAAUGAUGAUGGUUUGCGGGCGUCUUACAAUAUCUCGUUACUUAUAGCAAAAUCCGGAAAACCGCAUACCAUCGGAGAGAAGUUAAUUUUGCCAGCCGUUGAAGAGGUUUUAAAAACUGUUUUACACAAACCUGCAUCUGAUAUCAUUAAACGAAUUCCCUUAAGCAGCAAUACUGUUGAAAGACGUAUUGAUGAAAUGAGUUCCGAUAUUUAA